AUGUCGUCUACUUAUACUAGACAGAGGUCGUCAUCAAUGAAUUCGCUCAAUUCUAACCAUUCAUCAUAUUCAACGCCACAACCAGCGCCAAUCAACAUACUACUGCCUCCAUCAAACACAUUGCAACUGAAUGUGUUGCCAUCUUUGAAUACCCAGCAACAGCCACAUCAAUCUUUGAGGCAUAGCGCAUCUCCUGGUUUAGUGUCAUCGUCCACGACCAAUAACAAUAAUAACAAUAACAAUAACGCGUUUGAACUACCACCCCCGCCACAAGCCACACACCAGUCGGCACCAAUUAACCCACAUGCAAACUCCAUAUCACCUACUUCGACUGCAGCUAAUGGAGCAUCUACAACAGCAUCAGCUAACCACAAGAGUGAUAUCGUUUCAACUCCAACACUAUGUUCAGCCAAUAUCAAUACAAUACAGAAUGUAGCACCAACACCAAGCUCGACAAGAAGUAUGUCGAUAGUGAGUCUUGAACAAAGUGCCCGGAAUUCAAUUGUAUCAGUGGAUGAAAAUCUUCGCUAUCAUGCGCGGAAUGAUAGUUCAGCAAGUUUGGCAUCGCUUGGGCAUGUGAAUCACAAUACAUUCACCAUGACACCAGUAGGGAAUUCUUUUGGGGGGCUGAAUAGACAUGAUUACGGAUUUGAUCAAGGUAGCGGUAGUGGUGGUGGUGGUGGUGGUGAUACAAGGAUGAAGUCUUCACACGGUGUUGGUUGUGGUAGUAAUCAAGGAUCAGCGGUUUUGACUGACGAUGAGUCGGAAUAUGAUACAAACAUGACCACUAGUGGAGGAGUAUCUCAAUCUAGUGAUACUUUGAAAACUAUUCCAACCACACCUGUCCUUGGAGCUACAACAAGCUCUAUGUCAUUCGGACUGACAACAAGGGGUAUGGCAAGACCAAUGCAUCGGUCAAAAAGGCGUAGUUUCAAAGAUGAAGUUUCACUCCAACAUUUGAAAAAUGAUUUCAAAUUUAAGUUCCAUGACAUGUACACAGCAGCGCCAACCACAAUUCCAACAUCCCCCGUAUCUUCUCAUCAUUCAGGUUGCCACAUCUAUAGCUUGAAUGCCAGUCCGACCUCAGAAACUUUGAUUCAUGGAGGGAAACAACUUCAGAAUGAGUCUCCGUUAGAAGAUAGAAAUGAGUUUACGAGCCCUGGAUUAAACCACGAUACAAUUGGCAAACAUUUGGAAAGUCCCGAAAUGAAAAAUGCCACUAGUACAUCUUCGUCAUCAUUUACACAACCUCCGGCACCGACCAAAAAAUUGAAAUCAACAAGUUUAAUUCAACAAUCACUUUACUUGAAGAGGAAAUUGGCGUUUUCCAAAGACUUACAAAUAGAAUUCAAUAAUGCAUCUGACUUGUCAAACAACAACACACCUGAUGUUGGAUCACCUGGUACUAGCGCAUUACAUUCACAUUUGAUUACAAUGUCUCCGCCAUUAAGUACUGCGUUGUCAGAAGCCAAAUUUUUUACACAUUUGCCAUCAUCGUCGACCAUGAUGGUGCCGAGGAGAAGAUUAUCGUCGUCGUUAAAUGAUGCGGAAUCUGCAAAAAAGACCACGAGCGCAGGCGCAAGUGGUAAUGCAGAUGUGGGUGCAGACUUAAACUCGAGUGCAAAUGCAGAUAGUCUGGUGAAGUUGGAUUUGAAAAUGCCAAUACAUGACCAGGACACAUCAGGUGCGAGUGUAUCUCCAUUAACUCCGCUUCGAGCUAUGCAAUCAGUCAAGGAGCAAAAUGAUUUGAUUACAAAGUUGAACAAAAAGUGGAAUAAGGCGAUGAUCAACAGCAGCAACAGCAACAACAAUAGCACGGACGGCAGUCGGGAUGACAACAAGGCCAGUAAUAAUGGCAAUCUCACCAACAUAGAUGGGCAAACACAAAAACAUUUAACAACCCUGUCCAAAUUAGAUGAAACUAGCGUAUUGCACAUGGUUCCAAACAAAAGAAAACGUUCUAGACGUGAUUCAUUUGAUGUUGAAGAAGACGACAGUUUUGAUGAUUUUAGUUAUGACCGUUAUGACAAGUGA